AUGGAUCCUUCAACUGAAGAUGUUGAAACAAAACAUGAGGACAUAAAAACAAUAUCAUCUUCUCAGCCCCACUCACAGGAUGAGGUAUACAUUCACAAGGUUGAAAUUCCCCCCAAGCAAAACCUGUUCGAUGAAUUCAAAGCAACUGUUAAAGAAACAUUCCUAGCCGAUGAUCCUCUACGCCCCUUCAAGAAUCAACCAAGGUCUCGUAAAUUCUUCCUAGGCAUCCAAGCAGUCUUCCCCGUCAUUGAAUGGGCCAAAGAUUAUAGUUUAAGCAAAUUUAGAGGCGACCUUAUCGCUGGUCUCACCAUUGCAAGUCUCUGCAUUCCUCAGGAUAUUGGGUAUGCAAAACUUGCGAAUUUGGAUCCACAAUAUGGAUUAUAUUCCAGUUUUGUUCCACCUUUGGUUUACGCCAUUAUGGGCAGUUCUAGAGAUAUAGCUAUAGGACCAGUGGCAGUGGUGUCUCUCUUAUUGGGGACCCUGCUUCAAAAAGAGAUUGACCACAAAAAAAAUGCAUUUGAGUAUCGACGCCUCGCUUUCACUGCGACUUUUUUCGCUGGGAUUACGCAGGCUGCCCUAGGAAUUUUCAGGUUGGGUUUCCUGAUUGACUUCUUAUCCCAUGCUGCCAUAGUCGGUUUUAUGGGUGGAGCAGCAGUAACAAUUACCCUCCAACAGCUGAAGGGUUUUCUGGGCAUCAAGAACUUCACAAAGAAAUCUGAUAUUGUCUCUGUAAUGAACUCAGUAUUCAAAGCCGCCCGUCAUGGAUGGAACUGGCAGACCAUUCUCAUUGGGGCAAGUUUUCUAUGUUUCCUUCUUUUCACAAAGUACAUCGGAAAGAAGAAGAGAAAUCUUUUCUGGGUGCCAGCAAUUGCCCCGUUACUCUCUGUUGUUAUCUCAACAUUUUUUGUAUUUAUAACCCGUGCAGAUAAACAAGGUGUUCAGACUGUACAACAUAUAGAGAAGGGAAUCAACCCAUCAUCAGUUGGUGAAAUUUACUUCAGUGGUGAAUAUCUGCAAAAAGGUUUUAAGAUUGGUGUGGUGACUGGCAUGAUAGCAUUGACGGAAGCUGUAGCAAUCGGAAGAACAUUUGCUUCCAUGAAGGACUAUCAACUGGAUGGAAACAAAGAAAUGGUAGCACUAGGAACAAUGAACAUUGUAGGCUCACUUACUUCUUGCUAUGUGGCAACAGGUUCAUUUUCUAGAUCAGCUGUGAAUUACAUGGCAGGUUGCCACACUGCAGUCUCCAACAUUGUCAUGUCUUGUGUCGUAUUUCUAACCUUGGAGUUCAUCACACCUCUUUUUAAGUACACUCCAAACGCCAUUCUCGCUGCCAUUAUUAUAUCAGCUGUGAUUGGCCUAAUCGAUGUUCAGGCAGCGACUUUGAUAUGGAAGAUUGAUAAAUUUGAUUUUUUUUCAUGUAUUGGAGCCUUCUUUGGAGUAGUUUUUGUCUCUGUUGAGAUAGGCCUCAUAAUUGCGGUCUCAAUAUCAUUUGCUAAAAUCCUGUUGCAAGUUACCAGGCCUCGUACAACAAUUCUGGGAAAGGUUCCCGGGACAAGUGUGUAUAGAAACAUUCAACAGUAUCCUAAAGCAACAAAGAUUCCAGGAGUUUUGAUUGUGAGAGUUGAUUCUGCAAUUUACUUUUCCAAUUCUAAUUACAUUAAGGAGAGAAUAUUGAGAUGGUUGACAGACGAAGAAGAUGAGAAAAAGGCAGCCAACGAACCCAGAAUCCAUUUCUUGAUAGUUGAGAUGUCACCUGUAACCGACAUCGACACCAGUGGCAUCCAUGCCUUGGAAGAGUUAUAUAAGAGUUUACAGAAGAGAGACGUUCAGCUUGUUUUGGCAAAUCCUGGUCCAGUGGUGAUCGACAAGCUUCACGCCUCCCAGUUUGCUAACUUGAUCGGAGAGGACAAAAUCUUCCUCACAGUUGCAGACGCUGUGUCGUCCUGCUCUCCCAAACUAGUGGAACAAGUUUAACAGAGGAAACUCAAAUAGACUGUCGUAAAAGGAAAAUUCACACAUAUUUUCCAUUGUAAUUUAGUCUACAUGUGAGGAGUGAUUGUCCUUGUCCUUGUCCUUGGAACAAAUAUUUCAUAAAAAAUUUGUCUA